AUUAGAUAUCUGAGACGGAGUCGGAAGGUUUUCGUUUGGGUUCCAUUCCAAAAGGCGGAAAUAGAGCAACUGUGGAUUCCGCCUCUUCCCGUCCUUGGCGACGGUGCUUAUGCCGAUUGGUUUUCAGGUCACGCCAGAGUUGGAUUUGAAGUGCUUUGUUGUCCUUGUUAAGACAUGGAGAAUGUCUGCUUCUGGUCAAAUUACAUCCAUUUUGGGGUUUUCUCAUUCCAAGAAGUCCUUGACUGGCGGUUUCUCAUCCGUGGAGAUUUCCUAUUGGUUUCCUUUGUCAACUGCACCUAGUGACCAUUCUCUCUUUAAUGAUCAAUACUGGAGGCAUAAUGCAACUUUUUUCUGAGCUAGGUGUUGGAUCUUUGGUGCACUUCUUGCCUUUCUGAUACAACAUCCAGUAAAAAAUAUUGAGAAAUGCCUUCCGAGGGCUGAAGUCUGCAAGUAGAUGAUUGAAGGUUGCUUACUUAGCAUUAGAUUAGCCAUCAGAUACGCAUCAAAUGUGUGCAGGCUGUAGUUCUUAGUUAUUAUUCCCUUGUUUCUCCUGAUGGGUACUGAUUAGGGUGAAAAGUUAUCAAUUUACCAAAUAUUCUGCAAGAAUUCCUAUUUAUAAUAGAUGAGUUAGCUGUGUUUAAGUCCUUGAACCUUGAGUGAGCGCAUCUGAGCUUAGGAUUUGUCCUGUUGGCUGGAGCAAUCAUUCUGGUCUGUUUGUUGGUAUCAAUAUGUUCUGUGAAAUUCGCUUUUUCCUGCCAUUGGAGCCUGGUUUUAGUCUUGAAGUGGUUGGUUUACCAUUGAAUAAGGCCGUGAAGCCCAUCCACCAGGAAGAUUCUUGUUUUGUGUUCGUGCAUGUCGCCGCGGAAAAUUAAUGGUGGAUUCAGCUAAUCAGCAAGCCAGUUUGUUUAUUUUUUACGGUUUUUGUAAUCGGCUAUCUUCUAGUGAAGAAUCUUAUUCAUCUUUUAAAUAAAAGAGUUACUUUUGUUCCAUAAGGAAAAUGGAGAGGUACAAGUUGAUCAAGGAAGUGGGUGAUGGAACAUUUGGGAGUGUAUGGCGAGGUAUUAAUAAGCUGUCUGGUGAAGUGGUUGCAAUUAAGAGAAUGAAGAAAAAGUAUUACUCAUGGGAGGAGUGCGUAAAUUUGAGAGAAGUCAAGUCAUUGCGGAAAAUGAAUCAUCCCAAUAUCGUAAAGCUUAAGGAAGUGAUCAGAGAACAUGACAUUCUGUACUUUGUGUUUGAGUACAUGGAUUGCAACCUUUACCAACUCAUGAAAGACAGGGAAAAGCUCUUUUCAGAAUCUGACGUCAAAAAUUGGUGUUUUCAAGUAUUUCAAGCUCUUUCAUACAUGCAUCAGCGUGGUUAUUUUCAUCGCGACCUUAAGCCAGAGAAUUUGUUGGUAACUAAAGAGACAAUCAAAAUUGCUGAUUUUGGUCUAGCACGGGAAAUCAAUUCAAAUCCACCAUAUACAGAAUAUGUAUCUACCCGAUGGUAUCGAGCUCCUGAAGUGCUGCUUCAAUCAUAUGUUUACAGUUCAAAAGUUGAUAUGUGGGCGAUGGGUGCUAUCAUGGCUGAGCUGUUCACCUUACGCCCACUUUUUCCAGGUAGCAGUGAAGCAGAUGAAAUCUACAAAAUUUGCAGUGUGAUAGGUACUCCAACUCAGGAUUCAUGGCCUGAUGGCCUUAAUCUUGCAAGAGCUAUAAACUACCAAUUUCCACAGUUGGCUGGAGCUCAUCUCUCUGCAUUGAUACCAUCAGUGAGUAAGGAUGCGAUUGAUCUUAUUACAUCACUUUGUUCAUGGGAUCCUUGCAAAAGGCCAACAGCUGCUGAGGCUCUUCAGCAUCCAUUUUUUCAGAGCUGUUUCUAUGUACCACCAUCUCUUCGACCCAGAGCUGCGAUGUCAAGGACUCCUCCAUCUGUUGGAUCAAGGUUAUCACUUGAACAACACUCUACUAGGAGGAUUUCUGGGGCAUUGUCUGAUGUGAAGCUUAAUAGCAAUUUUUCUUCUCCCAAGUCAAAUUCAUAUAUGAGCACAGGUGUUCAACGGAAGCUAGAGAUGGUUAAUCAGGAUUUGAAUAGGAAUGAUAAGUCCUGGAAGGGUUCUACCAGACAACCAAAAUAUCAGCCACCAGGAAAGAAGAGUCCAACUGCAGCCAUCAACAAGGAUAGACCUGUGCGUGGGGUUUCAGAUGCAACUCGGAAGUUGGCAAACAUGACAAUUGGAUCUCGUAGGCAGCCUGUGGGGCAGCAUCUAAAGCCACCUCCUAUGAAGGCUGGGAUGCAAUGGAAUGCUGGAUCUGGCGACAUGUAUUUAAGACAAAACCAGCAUAUUCAACCCAAUGGAACUUUCUCCAGGAAAGUUGCCGGAUGACGAGUUUGCAAGAUGGCCUAUAACAAUAAAUAAGGCGUUUCUAUAAUGCUAUUGUGUGUCAGCAAUAUGAACCCAAGACAGUGCUUUUUGGAUUUGUCUAGUUGUCUUGUUUAUGUUUGUGUGCGAUCUCUAUCGAGCAAGUACCUAUUGUGUGUUUGUUACUGUUGAUGCUUGGAUGGAAGACUGGUCUUCACAGCUUAAUCAUAAUCUAAGCUCUUUUGGUUUGUGUUCUUUUCAUGUCACUGCUCCUAACUUACUAGUU